CCAGGUUGCUCCCCCAAUUGUUCAUCCUAACACUUACCGGUUCCUUCGCCAGUGUUGUGGGACUCAGUUUCGAUUACAUUGCUUUGAACCUCACCGGCUUCAUUGCCUACAGCGUCUUCAACAUCGGACUCUUUUGGAUCAUCCCCGUGAAGGAGCAGUUCCUGCGCAGGUAUCCCGAAGGUGUGAACCCCGUAGACAGCAACGAUGUGUUUUUCAGCCUCCAUGCGGUUGCCCUCACUUUAUUCAUCAUCUUCCAGUGCUUAAUCUACGAGAAAGGGAACCAGAAGGUUUCUAUAGUCGCCAUCGGGUUUCUGGUCGCUGCGUGGGUGUUUGUCUUUGCCACUUUGAGUGUGACCAUCGCCGGAGAAAUCACGUGGCUCCAAUUCUUGUUUUAUUUCUCCUACAUCAAGCUGGGAAUCACGCUCAUCAAAUACUUUCCCCAGGCUUACAUGAAUUUCCGCCGGAAGAGUACUGAGGGUUGGAGCAUCGGGAACGUCCUGCUUGACUUCACUGGAGGUGCCUUCAGUCUCAUGCAGAUGUUUCUGCAGUCCUACAACAACGAUGCAUGGAAGCUGAUAUUUGGAGACCCCACCAAGUUCGGUCUUGGCCUCUUCUCUAUCUUCUUUGAUAUUGUCUUUAUGAUCCAACAUUACUGCUUGUAUCGCCCUCGAGAAUAUGAGCAGUUUGAGUAGACGCCUGUCCAGAUGUGCCAGUUGCAUUGGGAAGGCUGACUCCAGAGAACCUACGACUGGCAGAACUGCUGCAACUCUGGUUUCUGCUCCACCUUAAUUGCACCAAACCUCCUUUGCCCUCGUGUGCCUUAACGUCUUCCAAUCCGGCAGUGCAGCCUUGCCAAAGUCAUCCUCUCCUGAACUUCUUAGAUGUGAAGUUCUCAAAAGCUUCUGGAGAGAUCAGCCUCCGUAAAGGAAGAAAAGGUGCUCGUGCUUUGCCCUCCAAUUUCUUACCACUAAAGAACGGAGCUGUGAUGGGACCCGUACAUCUAAUGCAGCUUUGCUGGCAAGAACCUGUUUUAGGAGAAGGUUGGUUACAAGCAAUGGAAAAAUGGUUAUCAUUGAAGGAUCUGCUCUGCUAUAAAUCCGUUAAACCUGAAGGACAGAUCGUGUGACUUCAGGGCCACAGGUGUCACCUUUCCUCUUGCAGCAAGGGGAGAAAUGCAUGGAGGAUGUCAGACUAACACUAAAAGCUUUACGUUGGCACCAAGGAAUAAGCUAAACGUACUGAAGAAGCUCCUGUAAGAACCUUUGUGUGAAACUGCUGAAUGCAGGGGUCGGUAUUAUUAAAGCUGCUGUAACAGGUU